UCCAAAACGAAAAUGUCAAAGCUCUAAAACUUUAAAACUUCUUCAAUGGCGAUUUCUCUCCCCACCGCCUUUGCCUCCCCUCGUUUCUCACCGGAAUCUUCUAACUCCAUUUCAUCUUCACGGACGCUAUCUUCUCUCUCAUCUGUACGCUUACCUGCUCAGAUUCGCCGGUUCGGAAUCCGCCGCGAGAGUGUUCAAUCGCCGUCGUCGUCUCGCUUCUCCUCAGUCUCUGUUAGAGCAAAGAAGCAAACUUUCAACUCAUUUGAAGAUUUGUUGGAGAACUCUGACAAACCUUUACUUGUAGACUUCUAUGCGACAUGGUGUGGUCCAUGUCAGAUUAUGGUACCUAUACUAAAUGAAGUGAGUGAAACUCUGAAAGAUAAGAUUGCAGUUGUGAAAAUUGAUACUGAGAAGUACCCGACUCUUGCUAACAAAUACCAGAUUGAGGCUUUACCCACAUUCAUCUUAUUCAAAGAUGGAAAAAUCUGGGACCGUUUCGAGGGUGCGUUGCCAGCGAACCAACUCGUUCAACGUAUCGAGAAUUUGUUGCAAGUGAAGCAAUAGAAUAUGAGAAGAGAAACCUUAUUCAUCUAUGAACAAUCCCUUGCGACGAAAGCCCUUGUCAAUUGUUGCUAGGUACAUAGUCAAUCUAUUCAUAUUGAUAUAUGGUAUCAGCCAUUUUUCUUA